AUGAACCCCCUGCCGCCAUCAGCCGUCGAGGCUGACGAGCUGGGCGCGCUGGACGAUUCGACCGCACCCACUACACCAGAAGGCAGCUUAACCUUCAGUCCCCCGCUCCGGCCCCAAGACGACGCGGCCUAUCUCAACCUCGGAUCGCGCGCCAACAGCCCGCCCCUGUCUUCCGCCUUGUCUGACGCCGCCGCUCGAGCGUCUCCUGUCCGCAACAUCUGCUGCGUUGGAGCCGGCUUUGUCGGAGGACCAACGGCCGCUGUCAUCGCGUUCCACAACCCCGACAUCCGCGUCACCGUCGUCGACAGAGAUGAGAAGCGCAUCCGCCGCUGGAACUCGAGGCACCCGCCCAUUUAUGAACCCGGCCUGAAUGACAUUCUGCGCAUCGCCCGGGACGGCUCGAGGGAGUGCGUCGUCGCCAGCAGCCCAACCAACUGUGAUGCGGCAGUUAGCAGCCGAGACGACGAGGCGGCUGGCGCGAGCGAGGGGCAUCCAGGCCGCCUGAUCACCGUUGCCGCGAGACAGCCAAACUUGGUGUUCACGACAGACGUGGCCAAGUGCGUCAGCGAAGCCGAUGUGGUGCUCAUCGCCGUCAACACGCCCACGAAGAGCCGGGGUAAUGGAGCCGGUUCCGCGACGGACAUGGCCGCGUUCGAGGCCGUGACGGCCGUCGUCGCGCAGCACGCCAGCCCGGGCACCAUCAUUGUCGAGAAGUCGACGCUCGCGCUGUACCAGCCGGGUGUCCAUUUCGAAGUCCUCAGCAACCCGGAGUUCCUUGCGGCCGGCACGGCCGUCAAGGACCUGCUGCACGCGGAUCGCAUCCUGAUCGGCUCCAGCGACACGGCGUCGGGCCACCGGGCGGCGGCCGCCCUGGCGUCGGUGUACGCGAGCUGGAUCCCGCGGUCGCGCAUCAUCACCACCCACGUCUUCAGCUCCGAGCUGGCCAAGCUUGUGGCGAACUCGAUGCUCGCGCAGCGCAUCAGCAGCAUCAACUCUAUUGCGGCCGUGUGCGAUGCGACCGGCGCCGAUGUCGACGAGGUGGCGGGCGCGAUCGGCGCGGACCCUCGCAUCGGCGGCAAGUUCCUCAGGGCCGGCAUCGGCUUCGGCGGGAGCUGCUUCAAGAAGGACGUGCUGAGCCUGGUCUACCUGGCCGAGACGCUGGUGCUGCCCGAGGUUGCCAGCUACUGGCGGGCCGUCAUCGAGAUGAACGAGUUCGCCAGGAACAGGUUCGUCUCGCGGGUCGUGAAGUGCCUGAACAACACGCUGGCUGGCAAGAAGGUGACGGUGCUCGGGUACGCCUUUAAGAAGGAUACCAACGACACGCGCGAGUCGCCGGCGCUGGACAUCAUCCGGGCGCUGGAGGAGGAAGGACCGAGAGAGAUCGCGGUCUUCGACCCUCUCUGCAUCCCCGCGCAGAUGGCGGACGAAAUCGGUCGCUUCGCAGGCCCGGGCGCGCUGCAGAGCAACGGCGGGCCGGUGGCUGUGUAUGCGGAUGUGUAUGCAGCAUGCUGGGGAGCCGACGCCGUGCUCAUCACGACCGAGUUUGAUGAGUUCCGAAACGCGCCGGUGGCGGCGCCGAACGCCGAUGCCAGACCGGCAGAUCCGCGGCCGUUUGCGCGCGCCGAGCCGCACGAGACCGAUCUGCUCGCGCUCCAGUCCUACCUCAGGCUGUCUCAGCCCUCGGCAACACCAUCCGGCUUGGAUUCGGGCCCAGACGCGGAGGACCCGCUCAACCGGUUCCACCCGAUGCCCCCGUGCCCCGAAGACUGUCCCGACUGCCGUGCAGAGCGCGUCACCGGCUCGGCGGGCUACGGCGCGAGCAAGGAGCACGUUGCCAAGAGUCGCGUGGAUUGGAGUAAGGUGUACUACCACAUGAAUAGGCCGCACUGGGUCUUUGACGGCCGGGGGGUGCUCGACAUCGCCGGCAUGGAGAAGAUCGGGUUCAGGGUCGAAAGCGUAGGGCGCCGGAGUCGCAUGGCCAUGAUGGUUUGAGCAUUCAUAGAAUACCCCGAGCAAAUGUUAUACAGGGACGCAACUGGAGCUUCGACAAUGCAUUUUUAUUCGAGGGCCUUCGGGGCUGCUGAGGAAAAGAAGGUUGCGUGUGUGUCGUUCCAUGGUCAAGUGGCGUGUCACAUCCGAGUCUGGCCGAAACCGCGCUGCGGAUUGGCCUCUCAGCCCGACUCAGCGCAUGGGACGGUCGGUAGUUGGAAUAAAAGAUGGCACGAAUAGCUUUAUGCCAUCGACGCUCAUUUUCCCUGGGCUCAUCUUCCCUGGGAAUCGACGCUCAAUU